UCAGGAAUGGCAGUGACGCACAUCUUGUUUUUGUUUGCUGCUGCUGUCUUUGUUCCUGUUUUGGCUCUCAGACCACUCCAAGCAGCUAGAGCCCUCUAUAGUAAGCUGACCACUGAAUCACAAACAGAUGUACAGGAAGAAAUUGUCAAUCUACACAAUGCCUUCAGGAGAAACGUCAUCCCAUCAGCCAGGAACAUGGUGAAGAUGACUUGGAGUCCAGAUGCUGCAGAAAAUGACAGAAUCGUGGCAAGGUAUUGUGACUUGUCAAAGAGCAACUCACUUGAGAGGAGACUUAAAAAUACAUUUUGUGGAGAGAACAUGUAUUCGGACAGCUACCCUGCCUCGUGGGAACAUGUUAUUACAGUGUGGUACAAUGAAUCCAAAAACUUCAAAUAUGGACAAUGGCCAUUCAAAGAUAAUGACUUAGAAACUGAACAUUAUACUCAGUUGGUCUGGGCCCCUUCCUACCUGAUUGGCUGUGAUGUUGCAUCAUGUCGCAGAGAUAAGGCAGCUAAAUAUCUCUACGUCUGUCACUACUGUCAUGAGGGAAAUGAUCCUGACACAGAAAAUGUACCUUAUCAGAAGGGCCCACCCUGUGGAGACUGUCCACGUAACUGUGAAGAUGGACUCUGUACUAACCCCUGCCUCUACUAUGACGAAUACUACAACUGUGAGAAACGAGCAAGACUUCGUAGAUGCUCACACCCAACCAUUCAGCAGUUUUGCAAGGCUUCUUGUCUAUGCACAACUGAGAUAAAAUAA